GACGACUACAACGAGCUGCAUAUAGGAUUUGCACGACUAAUGAGGUUCUAUACUUCAGAAUUACGACGAAGAUAUGUGUUUGCGCUUCUUUUCCGCAACUAAACAAGAUGAAAUAACUCAACACGGUUUCAGUUACAAUACUGGAAAUGUCGUUAGAGAAGAAAGUCGAGAUGUAGAUGGGGUUACCAGAGGCUUUUAUGAUUAUUUGGAUCCAAACGGGAUAAUCCAACAUGUAGAAUAUAUUGCUGAUUCAAAGGGGUUUAGAGUACGAGCCACAAACUUGCCUCUUCAUGUAGUUGAGAAACAAACUCAGGAAAAUCACAAUGAAAGUGUACUGGUCAAAUAAAUUAUUGCUAUAAUUUGUGU